CAACCUUCCUUCUCCCACAGCAACACACACAAGCUCGUUACUAACCCAUAUCGCUAACCUAGUGCCCACCAUGACUGCUUCGAUCGAUACCAAUCGCACACUCAAGAUUAUGAGGGAUGCGGAAAAGGGCCAGUACUGCAUCUAUGCCCAAGUAUGCUACGAUGCCCAAUCCGUCAUCGCCACGAUACGAGCAGCCGAAUCCGCUCGAUCUCCCAUCAUGAUCAUGAUCUUCCCCGUAACGAUGGUGCAGUUCGGCAAGCCCUUCCUGCGCUUCUGCCUUGAAUCAGCCCACGCCGCCUCUGUUCCCAUUAGCGUCCACCUCGACCAUGCUGGAACAGACGAGGAUAUCGAUCGUGCUCUCACCUGGGCUGAAGAAGGGGUUGCGUUAGACUCGAUUAUGAUCGAUUGCUCACAUCAUGAGACGGAUGAAGACAAUAUCAAAAUGGCCAUGCCUCAUUGUCAGAGGGCGGCAAAGAUUGGGAUGGCCGUAGAGGUGGAGCUUGGUAGAUUGGCAGGAGGAGAGGCAGGGGUGAGGAACAUCGAUGAAGGGGCAUUGACAAAGGUUGAAAAGGCCGAGAAGUUCCUGUCCCAGCUCGGAGCUCAGAUGCUUGCACCUUCCAUCGGCAACGUACACGGAAGGCAACCCUACCUCCAACCACCCGAAUCAGCCCAACCCUUCCGUCUCGACCUCCUAGAGCAACUCCAGAGCACCGUCGGUCCAAGUACAAAGACGGGCUCCUACCUUGUAAUCCACGGCACAGACGAUGUUCCCGAUUCCCUCUUCACCGCACUUGUAAAGGCGGGAGCGAGAAAGAUGAACAUGAACAGCUGGGCAAGGGAGCCACAGGUCAAUUACUGGCAGAAGCAUAUGGAGGAGCAGGGAUUGCCGGAUCUCUACGAAGGGGGAAUGAAGGAAUUCGAGAAGAGUAUUCUUCGCUUCCUCGAGCUCUUCGGCAGCGCCGGCAAAGCCUGAGGCCUGACCACUACAGCAGACGACGUCACAAGACUAGGACACUUUAUCAGACGGCCUCUCCACGUGAAAUUGAUACAAUUACAUUGAAAACGAACAG